AUGACUGAUCAUAAAGAGGUGCCGGUGGUAGAAACACAGCUGAUGUCUGAAUAUAAAGAUGGUCAACUACAAAUAGUAGAAGUAAGGCCAUUUGAAAAAGAUGUGAUGUUGGAGAGUGAAGUUGUUAAUUCAAUGUCUGGCCUGGAGACUGACAGUGAGACAAAAUACAUACAGUUGGUUAAUACUGGAGACAAGUCUAUGAUGCAACUGGAUCUGCUGAACCUGACUUUAAUCAAAUGUGCAGAUGGUACAGAGUCAUAUAGACUGGUGGCAAAUGGUGAGGGUGUAAAUGAUGGAGAGACCACUGUCACCUGUGUGUUGGCAUCCAGCGAUAAUGAGGGUAAUGAUGAUUCGGAAGGUCAAGAGUCGUACAUGGUGAUGAACAAUGAACAGAACACAGUGAUGUAUCUCCAGUCUGAACUGCCGACUGGUGCUGCGCCCUUGAUAGGAACAGAACCCGGUACGGUGAUGACUUUAGUGGACACCUCUAAACCUGUCAACACAUCACCAGUUGCCACUACUACUGAUGCCAGUAAACAGGUACCAAAGUUGACACCAGUAGAAAUAUUGGAGAGAGCGAAAGCCCUGCAGAAGGCGUUGUUAGGUAAAUCUGGUUCAUACGUCCGUCGCAAGCGGAAGUCUGACCUGCCACCGCCACACGAACUGUUGUCGGCGCCUAAUUUCAAACUGUUCCUGUAUUCAUGCAAAUCCUGCAACUUCAAAUGUAACGCCAUCAAGGAAAUGACCGCACAUAAGGGCGGAGCGGGGGCCGCCGGGAGGGGGGCGCGGCGCGGCACCGACAGGAUCACGCUGCAGUGCGCGCGCUGCCCUUACAAGGGCAACACGCAUAUGCAGUUAAUGAAACAUGUAAAGUAUACGGCGGACGUGUUGGUCUGUGGCGCGUGCGGGUUCGAGUCCGCGUCGAGGCUCGUGUUUAAGAAACACAUAGAACAGGAACACGGUGCCACAGCCGUAUGA